AUGUUAUGGCUAACAGGAAAGGUUUCAGAGCUUCUGGAGAUGUCUACUCACCAAAUCAACCUGCUUACCUCACCUACUUUCUUACCAAAGGUGAAGGAUCAAGGGAAGUUCACUCUCCCUUGCACACUUGGGCAUAUUGAGCUUGACAAUGCCUUGGUGGAUUCUGGUGCAAGCAUCAACCUCAUCUCCUCACAAUGGCAGAAAAGCUUGGCAUUGCUGGAGCAUUGCAGCGCCCUACUACUUCAAUCAUGUUUGGAGAUGCAACUUCAAGUCUCCUCUUGGUUGAGAAGGAUCAAAGAGUUGAUAAGGACAAGGAUUGAGAAACCACGCCUUGAGAGGCCUAGAGUUGAGAGACCACGAUCUGAUAGGCCACGAGCUGAUAGACUUGUUCAAGCACCUUGUGUCCUUGAUGAAGAAAGCCUUCAAGCUUUGUUUGAUGAGCCACUAGGAAGCGCUCAAAAAGAAGGGGAGGAUGCAGCCUCAAAGGCACUUGUGGGAGAGAAAAGAAAGGACCCACCAGCUCAGGUUUCCUCAGCCAAGCCAUCUCAGCUCACUAUGACCUUGUUCCCCACCAAGUUUGAAAAUGGGAAGAUUGAGUACAAGAUAAGGUACAAGGGGAGAUCAAGACCAUUCUCUAGAGCCAAGGCCUUGGUCACUUCAGAGCAGUCCAGGGACCAACCAAGCUAA